CAGGAAAGUUUUCAAUGGGCAUCGAUCCUGUUGGAGCGCUAGAGAUUGUGAUUUGGGAAGGGGAAAAGAGGAAAUGGCGUAGCGGACCGUGGAAUUCAGCUAUCUUUACGGGUAUACCGGAUAUGUUCCGUUUCACGAAUUAUAUUUACGGGUUUAAGCUCUCUACUCCGGAUCGAGAUGGUAGCGUGUACUUCACGUAUGUUGCCUCAGAUAGUUCCGAUUUCUUGAGGUUUUGGAUUAGGUUUGAUGGCGUAGAAGAGCAGUUCAGAUGGAAUAAGGAUGCCAAGAACUGGACAUUGCUUCAAUGGAAACCGAGCACGGAAUGUGAGAAUUGCCUUGAUGGGUUUGAGCCUGUUCAUCAGGAUCAAUGGAACAACAAGGAUUUCUCAGGUGGCUGCAAGAGAAGAGUUCCGUUGAACUGUAAUCAGAGUGUGGUUGCGGAUCAAGAAGAUGGGUUUAAGGUACUUAAGGGAAUUAAGGUGCCUGAUUUUGGAUCAGUUGUUUUACAUAACAACUCAGAGACCUGUAAAGAUGUAUGCGCAAGAAACUGUUCGUGUCAGGCUUAUGCGGUUGUAUUAGGGAUCGGAUGCAUGAGUUGGACCCAUGAUUUGAUCGAUAUGGAGCAUUUUGAACGCGGUGGAAACUCUAUAAACAUCCGGCUAGCAAGUUCUGAACUAGGAGGUGGAAAGGAAAAAUCGAAACUUUUGAUAAUUAUUUUCAGUGUUAUUGGUGCAUUCUUGCUUGGAUUAUGCAUUUGGAUCUUAUGGAAGAGGCUUAAAGCUUUCUUGAGGAAGAAGAAAGAUCUUCCAGUUUCUGAUAUCAGAGAGAACAGAGAUCACUCGGUUAAUUCCUCAAGCUCGCCGAUCAAAGUUCUAGUAGGGGAUCAAGUUGACACACCCGAUUUGCCAAUUUUCAGUUUCGAAAGUGUAGCCUCAGCAACAGGAGAUUUCGCUGAAGAAAACAAGCUUGGACAGGGCGGAUUCGACCAGGCCAACACGAUCCGAGUCGUCGGCACAUAUGGUUAUAUGGCUCCGGAGUAUGCAAUGGAAGGGAUAUUCUCAGAGAAAUCAGAUGUGUAUAGCUUUGGAGUGUUGAUAUUGGAGAUUGUGAGUGGAAGAAAAAACCUUAGCUUUCGAGGGUCUGAACAUGGAAGUCUCAUCGGUUAUGCGUGGCAUUUAUGGAGCCAAGGAAAGACAAAAGAGCUGAUAGAUCCAACUGUGAAGGACACUAGAGACGUAACGGAAGCGAUGAGAUGCAUCCACGUGGGGAUGUUGUGUACACAAGACUCGGUCAUGCACCGACCAAACAUUGGUUCUGUUUUGUUGAUGUUGGAGAGUCGAACUAGUCAACUUCCACGUCCGAGACAACCGACCUUCCACUCGUUCUUGAACUCCGGUGAGAUUGAACUCAACUUGGACGGUCACGAUGUUGCAUCGGUCAACGAUGUUACUUUCACAACAAUUGUUGGUAGAUGACUCAUUGACCAUAAGUUAUUAUUCUCUUAUUCUUCCCCUACGCUCUUGGACUAUUCAUUUUGUUUUGAAGUCUUUUCUACAUAGUUUUCAACCUUUGUACAUGAUUAUUGAUUAAAAUUUUCGUUGAAAA